AUGGCUGGGCGAAAAGAAGAGCAAAAGAAAGAAGAGCCUGAAAAGGACUCAAAAGAAAAAGAAGAAAACGAAGACAAAGGAGAUUCUGCUCCAAUAGCGCCUGACCCUGUUACUUUUAAAAAAGGCGACUAUACAGUCCACAUCUAUUUACUGCUCUCUCCGUGAGCGAACAAAGCCAUUGGAAUUUUCGCCCUCUGUGAACAAACAAAAUAUAUAAAGUGAUUAUUAUAAUAAUGAAUUCUCGGGCUAGUUCUGUUGAAUUUUAAACAGCUCGCAUUUUAAAACAUAAAUUUUAUUAUUAAAUUAACUUCAGCUUUCCGUCUUUUGAGGUCUGUGAUUUUCUUAAAUUUAGUUAAAAAAAUAUUACUAUAAAAUCUUAAAAAAAAUUAAACCCUUUUGUUCUCUAACUGAAGUGGCGAUUUAGAAGAAUGCCGAGCCCUUUUAGCAGCAAAUUCAGAGUAAUUCCUAAACAGUUCUGCAAUAGACCCAAUAGUCGUCAUGAAAGUCUGAAACAAAGAUAAAUGCACAAAACGAGUAUCAGACCAAGGAGGCUCCAUUAAUUUAGUAUGAAACGAGCAUUUCUUCUUCACACGUGAAAACAUUACAGCUGAAGAAAUGGCUAACUCUUCUAUUAUGUUUGAAGUAAGAGACCACAACACCUUAUGAAAAGACUCCUUGGUAGGGCAAUUUUACAUGGACAUGUCCUCUGUUUAUCAUCAGUCUGAUCAUGCGUUUAUACAUCGUUGGAUUUUGCUGUCAAACCCUAAAGACUCAGAUUUUGAAAAAGUUAGAGGGUAUUUGAAGGUUGGGAUUUCUGUACUACAUGAGACUGAUAAAACGGUAGAUUUAACGAUAAGAGAAGAUGUGUCCAAAAAAGAUGAAGACAUACUGCUACCUCCACAGAUUAGGCCUUCUACUAAACAAGUUAAGAUUAGAUUGCUGAAAGCAGAAAGCUUGCCAGUAUUAGAUACGUUGACUGAUAGUUUGGAUGCUUUUUGCGUUGCAAAAAUAGGAGGAUCUAAAGUGGUUUCUAGUGUAAAAGUGGCCGAUAAAGCUACUUUGUCAGCAUAUUGGUAUGAGGAAUUAUAUUUGCCAGUUAUGGAGCCAUGCUUGACUAAUAACAUAAUCCUAACUUUUUAUGACCGAGAUCUGAUGUGUCCAAAAGACGACCUUGUCGGCAGUAUUUCAAUACCCUGGCGAAUUGUCGAGAAUGGGCGUUUUUCGCAAAAUCGCUGGUCAAACCUGUAUGGAGCUCCAGCAUUAAUUGAUAAUGAAGAAGCUAACCGAAUGAAUAUGAUAGAAGAGCUUGCUUCUCAUUGGCGAGGAAGAGUCCUCUUAAGCAUAACUUCAGAAAAAAACAACAACUCAGAGCUAAAAGUCGAAAAAAUAAAAGACCCAAAUCUUCCAGUAAAAAUUCGCGAUGAAUACGAAGUUGGAAAAGACUACGAACUGCGAGCCCAAGUCUUCAAUAGUGCAGCUUUGCCUAAAGAAAAAGGAGAAUACGCAGUCAAAGUGUCAUUUAGUGGCGUUUCUACCUCAACUUCAGUUAAAAAAGCAGCGAAUAAUAGAAUUGACUGAUAUGAGUCAUGCAAAAGAAAGACUUCACUGAUACCGCAUGGUGCUGAAAACAACUUGCCUGAUGUUUUUAUAUAUUUAGUAAAGGACAAAAAAUCGAUUUGUUUCCAUAGGAUUAGGGCAAAAGAUCUUGCAGAUGUAAAUGGGAAGCCGUUUUGGAUUAGGUUUGCGGCUGAUAAAUCAAUAGGGGAAGUGAAAAACGAGUGGGAUGCUGGGUUUUUGAGGAUAAGGAUUUAUGUUGGGCCUUAUGAUGAAGAUAAUGAUGAUCUUACAGUUGGAGGCUGGGAUAAGCCGCCUAUGCCUCCUCAAGAGUCAAAAAAAAUCCUGGUCUGCAACUUGUACCAAUGCAGAAAUCUCCCUGCAGCUGAUAAGAAUGGCCUGGCUGACCCUUAUGUAAAGAUCUACUGUGCAGGCGCCCUUGGAUCUACACAAAAUGAGCCUCAAGAAAGAACGCUGAAUCCUGUAUAAUUUAUAUAGACUUGGUACCGUACAAUUCCUAUUGAACUUUCUAUAGGAGCAUUUGAAGCAGUCCCUCCUAUUAUUUGUUAUGUCUGGGAUUGGGAUCGUAUAGGAGGUGAUGAUUUAAUUGGAAUGACCAUAACAGAUGUAAUAUAAAUAUCAUUAUGUAUUAAGUUGAUAUCUAAAUAGACUAUUAAAAUAAAUAUUUAAAUAAAAAAAAUAUAGUAAUUUAGAUAACUGAAGCGACUAUAAACUCUCGAACUCCAACUCCUCCUAAAUGGAAAAGCUUAAAUAUGGGUCGUGUUGGUAGUGAGAUGGGGGAAAUUUUGAUUUCUUAUAACCUAUAUGAUGUUGGCCAAGUUGUAGAAUAUGAAAUCAUUCCUGAGUAUGACGAUGUUAGCAUAGAAAUCAGCAUUUUAGGAAUGAGAGAUCUACAUCCAGCUGUAGGGUUUAUGCCAGUAAAUAAAGCUUUUGUGAAGUUUGACCUUAAUUCAUUAAGACUCACUGGUGGUUCUUUGAUUAAAAAAGAGCUGCAAACACAGCCAGGAGACCCAGGGAUGAAUCCAAAUGUUAACACAGUCCUUUCUUUUACUUGUAAACUACCUAAAGACCCACUAUACUGCCCAACACUCACCUGCACAGUCCACGAUAAUUUAUUCGCAGGCCUCUAUCAACCCUUAAUCGGCACUUUCAGCUUAUACCUCGGCGACAUCAUCCAAAAAUCCAAAACAAGCGUAAAAAGUGUGAAAAAUGAAGUUGAAAAAGUCGUCGAGAUCCAAAACCCAUUCCGCAACUCAAUCACUGAGCUUGCAAAAAUCUUUAACUCACUAGGUCAAGCUCCUCAAAGCGAAAUUUCUAUCAAAGAAAUCGCUGACACCAAUACAAAUGCCAGCUUAGAAACCAAAACUGAAGACCACAGAGAAGAAGAAAAAAUCGAAACAAAAUCCAACCCAGACCAAAAACCCAGAAAAUUUGCUUUAAGCUUUAAAGGUCUAUUUAAAAAAGAAAACAAGAAAAAAAGCAAAGAAGAAAAGCCUUUAUUAGAAGAAGUUGAUAAUACGUAUAUAGCAAGAGGGAUAAGUAUUGCUUUACAACAGUCUGCAAAACAGCUUAAUCUUCCUGAUGCAGAUAGAAAAUUAACGAUAGAUGAAGCUAUCCAAGGACAUGUGGUUAGACUGCCUCUAUAUAAAACAAGUUCAAAGACGAAUAAAAUGACUGAAAUAAAGAUCCCAGACCCUAAAUUCUAUAUGUCGCUAGGGUAUAACCGCGCUCCUGAUGAUGGGCAUAGACAUUAUAGGCUUUAUUUAGAUACUGAACUGGAAAACUCUGAGUAUUAUGGAGAAUCUCCAUUCUGCGAGUAUGAGCUUCUUAAAGGCCAGUCAAGAGGUCUUGAUGAAAGCAUUUUUGAUAAAGCUGACAGAUUAGAUAUAUCAGGCCAAAAAACCAAUUUAAAAUGUGUAGGAAAAUUUAAAGGACUGGUGAGGAUUACUCCAAGAAAGUACCUUGAUUAUAAAGAAAAAAUUAAAAUCAUUGCAAAUGGAGGGUUAAAUUUAUCAAAUUCUAUGACGCUGCUAGGGGGAAUGCUAGAAAAAGAUAGAGAGUUCGAUGAAAUCACGAGGCAGCUGCUUGUGAAAACUCCUGUUACUGUGCGAGUUUAUAUUAUUGAUGCUUUUGAUUUGGAACAAAAAGAUAGAUUUUCUGCAUCAGAUCCAUAUCUUAAGGUGUCGUUAGGAAAAGAAGAGUAUAAUCUAAAGGACGAGUACCAAAGUGAUAUUUCCAAUCCAAAAUUUUACAAGUUUUUCUCCUUUGAAACCACCUUACCUGGUGCUUCUUUAUUAAAAAUUCAAGUAUGGGACCACAACGACGUCUUCAGUGAUGAAAAAAUCGGCGAAACUCGCAUAGAUUUAGAAGACCGAUUUUUCUCCAGCAAAUGGAAAAAACUCCCUGAAAAGCCUAUAGAAACCCGCAGACUAUACCAUAAAUCAAGCAGAAGGCCUCAAGGAUCCAUAAGAUUAUGGGUUGACGUAAUAGCUGGCAAAUCCCAGCCUCCAAUAUUUGAAAUUCAGCCUCGUCCUCCAGCUGAAUUUGAAGCCAGGCUUAUUGUCUGGGAAUGCGAAGAUAUAGAAAAUAUGGACUUUGAAGGUGUCAGCGAUCUGUAUGUCAGAGCUUGGAUCAAGCAAGGCAAAGAAAAAGAAACUGAUACUCAUUAUAGAGCUCAAAGUGGAAGAGGCUGCUGGAAUUGGAGAAUGAAAUUUCCAUUGACUGUAUCCCAAGAAGAAACCAAUUAUAGGCUGACCUUGCAGAUUUGGGACAGAGAUAUGCUAUCAAGAAACGAUUUUAUUGCAUCCUCAGCCUUUGAUUUUGAAGAUUUAGCCAAAGAAGCGUGGGAAGCCGGGAAAAGGACAAAAAAGUAUGGAGAAGCCGACUCAGGAAUGCUAGCUUCAUUAAGCAAAAAACAGUCUGACUGCUUUUGGAUCAAUUUGUCUAAGGUUGACAAGAAAGGAAAAGUAUCUGAGGCAGGAAAAAUAAAAAUCAGUUUUGAAUUGGUGCCAAAAGAUGCUGCCUUAAACAAUCCAGUAGGAGAAGGCAGAUCAGACCCUAACGUUGACCCCUUUUUGCCUGAGCCUACAGGCAGAUUUAAAUGGUCGUGGAAUCCUCUAUCCUUAAUCUCUCAAAUGUGUGGGCCUGAAUUUAAAGCCAAAAUUUGCUUAUCCAUCUGUUUAAUCCUCUGCUGCAUGAUGAUAGUUUUCUGCAUUCCAAUGAUUUUUUCCAACAUUGUUACAGCUGAACUAACUUAA